AUGGCGGAGCUUUGCCUCAUGCAGUAUAUCGCAUUCCUUACUUUAACUGGUACUUCAAUAAGCCUUCUAUCCUAUGACAACGCUCACAUUGAUAGGGUACAAACAUGGAUACCUAUAGAGAGCAGAACAGACUUGUCGCUCAAUUACUUUCUGAAUACAGAAAGGACAUGCCUCCACUUGGAUUGGAAUGAUGAACGACUCACAUGGAUUCCAUCCGAAUUUGAUGAGAUUGAAGGAUUCUAUAUCAAUCAAAAACUCAUAUGGAUACCAGACAUUUUCGUGAUAAACAGCGGAGGAGCGAAUGAAGAAAUCACUUCGAUGCUAUACGUGCACAGCAACGGAGAUGUCAAUGCGACUGUGUACAACCGUGUUUCAUUUCUGUGUUUGAUGAAUGCAAGUGACAAUCACUAA